UCCCGCAGAGAGAAGACUGUUCAAGAAGAAGCUUGGGGGAACAGCAAUAUCAGGGCCUGCACCAACAGCAGGAGUAGCAGCAGCAGCUGCAACAGCAUCAGCAGUAGGAGUAAUAACGGCAGUUGGAGCAGCAGGAAAUGAGGCGGUGGUUGAGUGUAGUGGUAGUGGUGCUGGCAGGGGCCCUACACCCCCUGAAAGCCAGGGACUUGGGCCACGAUGAGGCUCAUAUUGCCAGGGUCAUCAGACAAGUCGUCUUUACUGACUUCUUUUCAGGAGGAUCACAGCGACCCUCGAGGCCCGGGGUUCCCUCGAGUCCCGGGGGAUGCUUCUGUGUCCCUUUGGUGAGGUGUUCCUCAGUUGAACAGAUCCGCCAGGGGUGCUCGCUGCCCAACGGUGGCCCAGGAGUGUGCUGUCCGUUCCCGCCCUCGGCUGGGUCAGCGCCGGGGGUCAGCAAGGCGGUCUUCAGCAACCCCAGCUUCAACGUGCCCUUGAGGGACCUCCAUCCGGCUAAGGUCAACGAGGCGUGCCACAAGGGCCUCCAGGAGAUCAACAGCAUCAACCAGCUCGAGCAGGACCUCAUACGGAACAACAUGGUGCUGCCCUUGGACUCACCCGCCAGUGUUCACCUCAGGGUCUUCGAGAUCUCCAAGAGAGCCAAGAGGAUGGACGCAGCGGCUUCCGCCAUUCUUGCCGCCUCUUCCAACAUGCUUACUGACUUCAACCUAACCCCACAGCAAGGGGGCUUCGGUCUGAGGGGCCUGCAGGUGGGCGGCACCAGCCUCGCCCACACCUGCCCCCGGACCCCCACCUGUGACCCCAACAGCAAAUACCGUACAGCUGAUGGCUCCUGCAACAACCUCAAACACCCGACCUGGGGCCAGAGCAACACGCCAUGCCAGAGAAUUAUGGCUCCCACCUACGCUGAUGGUGUGUCAGCGCCACGCACCAGGUCAAGCGACGGAUCACCGCUGCCCAACGAGCGACUCAUCUCAAACGCUGUCAUUCUGGACCUGGACAACCCCGACCAGACCUUUACACUCUCAGUGAUGCAGUGGGCGCAGCUCAUAGACCAUGACGUGGCCCACGUUCCCUUCCCUUCCAUGGAGAACGGUGAUGGGAUUCAGUGCUGCGUCAACGGGCAGGAGGUGACGGGUCCUCUCCGUCACCCACGCUGCUGGCCCAUCGACACCAGAGGAGACCCCUUAAUGGGCUCUCAGGGAGGUGGAGGCUGCAUGAACUUCGUCAGGAGUAUGGUCGGUGUGGGCGCCGGCUCCGACUGCACCUUUGGCUACGCAGAACAGCUGAACCAGUUAACUCACUGGAUAGACGGAUCGACGGUGUACGGGUCGGACGUGGACCAGCAGCGGGCGCUGAGGGAGUUCAGGAACGGUCUGCUCAAGACCUCAGGAGACAACCUCCUCCCCAUCAACCCUAAUCAGGGAGGCAACUGCGAGGGUCGACAGCGAGGCGUCCUCUGCUACCUGGCAGGUGACUCGCGGGUGAACGAGCAGCCCAGCCUCACUGCCAUCCACAUCCUCUGGCUGAGGCAACACAAUCUGGUGGCCAGGAACCUCCAGAACCUCAACCCGCAGUGGUCGGACGAGGCCGUCUUCCAGGAGACCCGCAGGAUCAUCAUUGCUCAGAUCCAGCACAUCACCUUCAACGAGUGGCUUCCUAUCAUUGUCGGGGAGAGUUUCAUGAAUUCGUUUGGAAUCAGAUCCUUGCCCUCUGGCUACAGCUUCGACUACAAUCCUAACUUCAACCCAAGUAUGAACAACGAAUUCUCGACGGCUGCCUUCAGGUUCGGACACACCCUGGUGCAAGGGACAAUGAGGUUAUUUUCGGCGUCAGGCGGCGUCAGCUCGCAGAGGAUGCGAGACCACUUCAACUCGCCCCACCUGAUCCAGACUCAUGGCCUCCUGGACGACAUCGUCAGGAGCCUCACUCAGCUCCCCAUACAGAGCUUCGACCCCUUCGUCACACAUGAACUCUCCAAUCAUUUGUUCCAGACGCCGAAGUUUCCGUUCGGCAUGGACCUGAUGAGUCUGAACCUUCAUCGAGGGCGGGACCACGGCAUCGCCACCUACAACGACAUGAGACACGUCUGCGGCCUGCCUCGGGCCCGCACCUUCAACGACAUCAGGGACCAGAUCAGUCCUGAGGUCGUCCAGAGGCUCUCCACCAUGUACAAGACAGUCGAUGACAUCGACUUCUUCGUUGGGGGACUCAUGGAGCGGUCGGUCUCUGGUGGUCUAUUGGGCUGGACCUUCCUUUGUGUCGUGGGAGACCAGUUCGCACGACUGAAGAAGGGAGACCGAUUCUUCUACGAUAUCGGAGGACAGCCAGGCUCCUUCACUCUUCCCCAGCUUGAGGAGAUCCGCCGCACCUCCUGGGCCAGGAUCAUCUGCGACAACGCCAACAUCCCGGCCGUCCAGCCCUUAGCCUUCCGCCAGGCCAACACCAGACUGAACCAGCCGGUGUCGUGUCAAGGUCCCAACAUCCCAAAACCCAACUGGCUGUUGUGGCGUGGGGAGCGGCCAGCAGCCUAGCCUCCUACCCUCAGUAUGCCUAGCACAUCUCCUCACUACGCCUUGUUUCCUCCACCAGCACACUUCACCUGUCCUCAGCACGCCUCGCCUCCUCUCCUUAGCAUGUCUUGACCUCAACCGUGAGCACGUCUUCCAGGACCUGCUGAGGACCACGGGACGUGUCUCAAUGCGCACAGAAGAGUGAAUAUGACAUGUAGAUCUGAAUGAUGCAACAUUUCUUUUGAUAUCUACCAGUGUUGAUAUCUGUAAAUAAUAUAUACAAACUUAUGUUGGCUUCUAGUGUGUGUGUACUCACCUAAUUGUACUCACCUAAUUGUGCUUGCGGGGGUUGAGCUCUGGCUCUUUGAUCCCGCCUCUCAACCGUCAAUCAA